GUUUUGAAAAGUGAAUUGAUUAGGAAUGUUUAUGCGCUGUAGUUGAGUGAAAUUAAGUGAAAGUUUUGCCUGGAAAGUCGUUUUAAAGUUGCCGGAAUAUAAAUUAUUAGUUAACUGUCCGUUUGGUGUUUGCUAUUUGAUUGAUAUUCGAAGAUGUCGUUUGAUUCUGGCUCGGCCACAACCUCUACGACGACAACUGAUUCCUACUCAGAUGCUAGUUGUAGCAUAACCGGGGGCUAUAUCUCCAUUCCAUAUACUGAUUCCAGCUUAGAUGGCGAUAAUCAUAAUUAUAAUAAUUAUAUUCAUAAUUAUAGUGAUGAUGAUGGUGAUGUUGAUGGUAAGAGGCCUAUGAAAUCAAGGUUGGUUGGUGGCUCUAAGAGAGUUGAAAGAGGAAAGACAUUGCAAAAUUAUAAAGGGCAGUUGAGGCUUGACCUGACCGUACAAUAUGGAUUCAUUACAAUGCACUUGAUAGCUGGGAGGAAUAUAUACAAUGCCAGUAAGGAUUUGCCCAACUGUUAUGUUAAGAUGGAGUACAUCCUGACUUGCAGCAACAACAACAACAAACUACCGACUACAACGACAUCAUUACCACCACUACCACCGACGUCAUCAUCAUUAAGACUCCCGUCAUCAUCAUCACCAAUAUGUCGAUCCUCCGUUUAUUACUCUUCGUCCAGGCCUGUCUUCGACGAAAAGCUCUCCAUAGAGUAUCCAACAAGAGAUGAACGUCCAGCAAAUAAUAGUAAUAAUAAUAAUAAUAAUAGAAGACUAUACAUAACUGUUUGGCAUUAUUCUGAUAAGACUGGAGAUGAGUUUAUCGGCUGCAUGUCUUUUGGCUUCAAUAAGGAACACACUAACAACCAUUUAGCUUCAGGCUGGUACUACAUUCUAACUGAAAACAUAGGCCGACUACGACACGUAACUGUUGUGGACGAUGGGGCAGCUAUCAAGAGUUAUGCGACUCUCUAUAACAUAUCAAAGGUUUUGCUCUGUCGAAACAAAAACGGUAGCUUUGGUUUCUCGAUAUAUGGGUCACAUCCGGUGAAAAUAUGCCGGGUUGACCCAAUUUCAUCGGCCAAUCACCAUGGCUUGCAGAGGGACGAUAUGAUACUACGCAUCGAUGGCGUAGAUGUCACGUGCAUGCAGACCCAGCAAGUCGCUCUGACUAUAAGAAACGCCCGCUUCUACAUGACAGCGAUCAUACGUCGCAACCCUACCUACCAAGCAGAUCGCAACGACGACCGCCUAAGAAACGGCAUUGUGGCCGUCUGGAUAAAAAAUUUCUUGAGUGGGCGCAUCAGAGGGUCACGCCACGGGGGGGCUAAGGGACUACCUAGCGCCCCCGUUGAUUUUCAGGGUGUUAAUAUGGUCGAUUAUGGCUGGCUUGAUAGGGAAGAUGAUAAUGUUAAGACAUCUACUACUACUGCUACUGUUACUGGCAAUAAUGAUAGCGAUAAUACUGAUAAAAAUGUUAUUUAUAAUAAGAAUAAUAAUAGCAGUAAAGACCUCGACGAAAAUUCUAGAAACAAUUAUAAACGAAAGGAGGCUGAUGAUGAUGAUGACGGUGGUGAUGGUGAUGAUAUGAAAGGUUGUAGUAAUGAUGCCAAUGUUGAUGGUGGUGAUAAUGAUAGUAAGAAAAGGUCAGAUCGAUGUCGGCCCCCUUUUAGAGAUGUCCAACCAAUAUUACCAGUAUAUAAUAAUAAAAUGAACAAUAAUAAAACUAAUAAUAAUAAAAAAAUAAAUAAUAAUAACAAUAAUCAAAUAAAUUAUAUUAGUCAUAGUAAUAUAAAUUCUGAUCAUAAUAUUGACAAACCCGAUUACAUUAACAACGUGAGUACUAUUGAAGCCAGUAACGUUCCGCUGCGAUUGGCUGGCGAUAAUAUGACGUAUGUUAAUUUGCCCCGCCCCCACAAACGUCAUGCAGUAGCUGUUGGAGCGUCGUCGUCGUUGAAAUCGCGUCGGCGUCACGAUAAGCCGUAUGCUGAUAAUAGCUAUGAGGCUAAGAGGUUCAAUCAUCUUUUUGCCGUCAAUAAUAAUCAAAAAAAUAAUAAUGUCCAUAAUAAUAAUAACCAUAAUAAUACAAAUUAUAGUCAUAAUAAUGAUGAUGGUGAUAGUAAUAAGUCCAAUAACAACGCAAAUAAUAAUAAUAAGGUGUGUCACUUCAACAUUGAAGAAGAUGAUGAUAACGAUGGUGAUGAUGGUAACGACUGCGUUCGAACUGAUUACAGAAUUUAUAGUCUAACAAAUAUUUAUAAUAACGAAAAUAAUAAUAAUAACAUCAAUAAUAAUAACAUCAAAAAUAAUAACAAUAACAUCAGUAAUAAUGAUGAUGAUGAUGAUGGUAGUGAUAAUCAUAUCAGCGGCGACAAAUAUAAUGGUGGCUGUGAUGAUAUUGAUAAUGCUUACGACGAAGAUAAUGUUAUAAAUAGGCCCCUCGACAGCCAAUCAGGGCUCGAGAAGUUAGGUCAUCCCGACCUUGACCUUGACCCCAUUGAAGAGAUCUCUGAACUCUCAGAAAGAAAUCUGGCCAUCGAUUCCUUUUACUCUAUCAACCAAAAUUUAAGGAGUAUUGAUAGUAGUGCCAGCGGUAGUCUCGAUAACAUCUACCUAGAGUGCCUCUCAACUCUCAAGCAUCUUUCAAUGUUAUGA